UCAUCACCAUCACCGUUAUCAUCAUCACCAUCACCGUUAUCAUCACCACCAUCACCUUCAUCAUCACCAUCAUCGUUAUCAUCAUCACCGUUAUCAUCAUCAUCACCACCAUCAUCAUCAUCAUCACCUUCAUCAUCACCAUCACCGUUAUCAUCACACCAUCAC